GACUUUUUGCAGAACGAAAACGAAGGGUAUCUAGCAGACACCGGAGAAAAUGCAGGAAAUAAACCCGGAUGGAAAGGAAAUCAGAAUGAGGAAGAUUUUGAUCCUUGGGCUCUGCCCGAACUUCAGGAUUUUGGACCAAAAUGGUCUGGUAAGUAUCGUGUCUGGUUGUAUUCUUCGUCUAACUUCGUCAUACUACAAACAUUCCGAAAAUGACUCUCGCGGGUUUUUACAGGUUUAAAAAGUAAUAAUGAGUUAAUAAAUAAAUAAAUAUAAUCAUCUGUUUCAAAGGCCUCUUUUGUGGGGCUUAUGAUAGGGGGAAAUUUUCGUCUUCAAAAUCCCGUAGGCUUUUAAUCGUAGGAAAUUUGUGUCAACAAUUUUCAAAGCACAAUAACAGGAUUCUAGAAAUUCGUGCAAACUUAAACGCCUCAGCACUAACGGAACUUCAUUGAAAACGGAAAUGCUGGAACUAGUACGUGAUAUCAUAAAAGUAAUGCGAUGACUUCUGUCGACCAUCGAUCAAAAAGUGGUCAAAUAACAGGAAAUUAAGUUUUCAGUUGUAGUAUCAGUAUUAGGAAAGGCAAAGUAUUUUAAAGCAGCUCAGUUGCGGCUUAUUCAAAUGAAGUCAAGGGAUAUAUUUCUGAAAACUAUGAAAAAACGAGAAAAGGAAAGAAAAAUUGAAGAAAAAGGAGAAAAAGAAGAAAAACGGAAAUACCGUGUAUAUAAAUAGAAAUACCUGAAUAAACUGUUGUUUUUGGCGUUAUUUUCCCUCUUUUUGGUGCUUACUUUCUUAUCAUUAAGCAAGAAACUCGAAUCAACUAGCAAAAUAUCAGUGUUACGUACAGAGAACGACAACUAAUACAUAAUGCAAACCAGAAUAAUAUUUUCUUUGCAAUGCCGAUGUAACAAUUUCAAAGUAUAGCCUCGAUCACUUCCAAUCACAGGGGUGGGGGGUGGGGGCGGUCAUCCAGACCCUUAGAUAAGGGGGCGGGCCCCCCGGGCCCCUCCCCUUGACCUUCCACUGGACUUAUGAUUGAGUGACCGAAUCUUUCUGUUUGCUCAACGACAGAGCUCGACAGGUUGGGAAAGUUUCUUCGUGUAGCUUUGGCGUUUACGAAGAUUGUCCUACUCCUUGGUUUUCUGUACUUGUUCAUCUGUUCGUUGGAUUUCCUAAGCAGUGCCUUUCGCCUGUUGGGAGGAAAAGCCGCUGGCGAGGCCUUCGCUUCGAAUGACAUUCUCAGCAACCCUGUAGCUGGCCUUAUGAUUGGCAUCUUGGCAACUGUUCUUGUUCAGAGCUCGUCCACUACAACUUCCAUCGUGGUCUCGAUGGUGGCUGCCGAGAGUAAGUCGUUUUGGGUUUACAAAAAUAUUGUUUCAAGUUUUUGGAAGAUAUUUGCUUGAGUUAACUGUCAUUGCCAUAACGUUUCGGCGUGUCGAAUGGUCACACAUAGGGCUGAUCAAAAUGUUUAGCAUUUUUAAAAUUAACGCAUUGUGAGGAGAAGGUUAAAGAUUUUAAAGUAACAAAUGACAACAACCAGAAAAAAGAAUAUCCCCAAUUAUUUCGCCUCAUACCUAGUCCAUGGACUUCACUUUCUACUUCCCAAUCUUCUUCUAAUUUCCAUAAUCAAACAUAGAGGAAAUAUACAGGGAAUACAACGCGCGCACCAGCUCGCUCAUGAAUUAGCUAUUUUAAACUUCCGCUUGAGACUGGGGCAGUUUUGCGUUGAAUGUGAUGUCUGUGUUGUCAGGGGCACCCAACUGCGGUUUCCUCCCAAAUGCAUUGAAAACAAUUUUUAGGCUAUCCAGAGUAUUUUUAGACCUCUAGAAAUGCUUUCUAAGCGGCGCUAUAACAUUUGUAUCUGUUCGGUCAUCCUAGGGGACUUGAGUCUUUUCGAAAUUACGAGGGCUAAAGUCAGUUAUUUUGCCGAAAAUUUUAGAUGCAAUUUAGCGCAUUAAGAAAGUGAAAAAUGUUUUAAUUCCUCUCUCCAUCAUUUUUUUUGAAUCCGAAAAUUUUAGGUUUCCUUUUUCUUACGAAAAAUAACCUAACCCAGAGUGUGAAAAGUGAAAUAUUAAACUUCAGAAAAUCGUGGGGAAUUUAUUAGAUAAGCUUCGAAAAUUGUACAUGAAUGGGGCAUUCAUCUAGAAAUUUUUAGCCGUCUUAAAGAAAUAGAAAAUUCUAGGCAAUAUUUGAUUCUCCGAAAAUAUAUUUUUCAGAAAACGGUCGUAGGGUACCCCCUGUGUUUUGUCGUGUCGAAUUGCAGUGUGGCACUGUUUUGGGGGAAGAAUUUUGACGCAGUUUCCUGCGCAACAUUAUAAUAAUGAAAGAAGUUGUUGUUUACCAUUUACAAAAAGUGUGAGGAAAAUCAGGUUGAAAAGUAAAUGGAACACGGCUUUUCGGGUCGUUGUUGCGCACAACUUCCGGAAACAACGGUACGGUAUGCUCCUAGCGGAAAUUCGCGUGCCAUUUAUUAUGGCCCAUCUUUGAUACCAGUUUCAGGCUUUCGUGACCGUUUCUCAGUAAAUGAAACUGAUUUGUACAAAUGGUAAACACUACUGCACUCCAAAGAGUUUCCUCGACGGCUCUGGACAUCUCAUUCAAUAGACCCAGUUAUUUUCGCACAAGUUGUUUUGAAUGCAACGGAUUUUAGUAGACCUUUCACAAGAGGGGAUAAACUGAAUGGAAUUAGAAUGAAGCAAAGGAACGGCCUUGUGAUUCCUUGUCUUAUUACAUUUUUGACUCCUAAAUAGCCUGAAUCGCUCAGUAGAAUUUCCAUCCUUGAGCUAGGGCCGGAGCUAGGCCUUCCUCUGUUUUCGAGUGUAUUUAUGAAUAGUGAGAGAUUAACAGAGAACUUUACCUUUCAGUUGUGGAUGUUAAGCCUGCCAUUCCAAUGGUAAUGGGAGCGAACAUUGGAACAUCAGUCACCAACACCAUUGUCUCCUUAGCUCAAGCUGCCGAGCGAAAUGAAUUCCGUCGUGCCUUUGCUGGAGCCGUUGUACACGAUAUAUUCAACUGGUUGUCAGUCAUUGUGUUCUUGCCAAUGGAGGUCAUUACUGGGUACCUGCGUCGAUUGACAGGAGAGAUCAUUGAAGUUCUUGAUUUGAAACAGGCUAAAGGAACCAACAAGAAGCUGCUCAAGACUGUCACCCAGCCAUUCACCAAGAUGAUCAUCCAGUUAGACAAGAACAUUAUAAAGAAGAUUGCCCUUGGGGACAAAUCGGCUGAUUCAAAGUCCUUGAUCAAAAAUUGCGAACCUAAAGUAACUAUUGAAGAAGUUAAUAAGACUUUCAGUAACUCAACUUAUUUCACUUAUGUGCUGGUAAAUGAGACAAAAGAAACACCAGCCAAGUGCAAGUUUCUUUUUGCAGACACUCCACUGAGUGACACAGAAGUUGGUGUCAUAAUCCUGGUUAUAGCUAUCGCUCUUCUUUGUGUCUGCCUUAUACUAAUCGUCAAAAUCCUUCAUUCCAUGCUCCGUGGUAAGAUGGCCAAGAUCAUCAAGAAGACCGUCAACGCAGACUUCCCAGGGCCGUUCAAGUAUUUCACUGGUUACUUUGCCAUCUUGGUUGGUGCUGGGUUAACAAUGUUGGUUCAGUCCAGUUCCAUCUUCACCUCUGCCCUUACGCCUCUUAUCGGUGUCGGAGUGGUGUCUCUUGAGCGCGCCUUUCCCCUCACUUUGGGUGCAAACAUCGGAACAACUGCAACGGGCAUUCUGGCAGCCCUGGCAAGUACGUCAAACUUGGACAAAGCCCUCCAGAUUGCCUUGUGCCAUCUGUUCUUUAAUAUUUCUGGUAUCGUAUUGUGGUAUCCCAUUCCUUACGUUCGCAAAUUACCUAUCAACACGGCAAAAUUCCUGGGCAACAAAACUGCAGAGUACCGUUGGUUUGCCUUGGCUUACCUGAUUUUUUGUUUCUUCCUCCUUCCUGCAGCUAUAUUUGGCUUGUCACUGGCUGGUUGGCAAAUCCUGGUUGGUGUGGCAGUCCCGAUUGUUCUUCUCUUGCUGUUCAUCAUCAUUGUCAACAUCCUUCAGAGGAAAGCCUCAGAAGUUUUGCCAGAGGCCCUCCAAGAUUGGAAAUGGCUACCAAAAUGGACACGAUCAUUGGAGCCAUAUGAUCGUGUGUUUAAAAAAGUGGGUGGACUUAAACGACAUUUCUGCAGCCGUAGAAAUCGGGGGGACUAA